UUUUUUUUUGGAUCGAAAACUGUCAUGUUUGUUUGUUCCUUUUUGUUUUUCACAAGUUUUUCGAAUCUUUCCACCAAACUUGUUUAUAGACUGCAAUGCAAACAACAACCCAUUUCUCACAUCAAUACUCGAAAGCUCUGAUCUUGAUUGAGUUCUCUCACUCACCACCACAGUUUGACUUUAAUGGCUUCUCUCUCAUCAUCUCUCAUGAAACCCAUUUCACAAACCUCAUACACUUCCCUCAAUUUCACUGACCACUCUCCAAAUUCGCUUCUCCUUCCCCAAAUUCUCUCCUUUUCAGGACUUGGGUUUCGAGGACGAUCACUGGGGCUAUUGAGCGUUAUGAAGAAUUCGAGUCAAACAGAAGCUUCAGUUGAAUCUACUCAAAUAUCUGAUGUCCCACUUCUUUCUUGCUCAGAGGCCAUUGAAAGGUUGAGAAGUAGUCAAGAAAGUUACAAAAGCAAGCAGCAAUACUUGGCUAUGUAUUCUAGCAUUUAUGGUGGAAUAACAACUGAUUCAGCGGCAAUGGUGAUCCCCAUGGACGACCACAUGGUUCAUAGAGGACACGGGGUUUUUGAUACUGCUGCAAUAAUGGACGGAUAUCUAUAUGAGUUGGAGCAACACCUUGAUCGAAUCAUAAGGUCAGCGACACUGGCAAAAAUAAACCUUCCUUUUGAUAGGGAAAGCAUAAGACGAAUACUCAUUCAAACCGUGAGUUCUUCAAAAUGCAAACAAGGAUCACUAAGAUACUGGCUUUCAGCAAUCAAUACGGGUGAUUUCCAACUAUCCCCAUCCAACUGUCGUAAACCCUCUCUUUAUGCCAUCGUAAUCCAAGAUCAAUCGCCAUCCGAUCAAAAAGGUGUGAAAGUAGUAACUUCAUCAAUUCCAAUAAAGCCCCCUCAAUUUGCUAUCAUGAAGAGUGUGAAUUACCUUCCCAAUGUGCUUUCGAAAAUGGAAGCUGAAGAAAAUGGAGGGUAUGCGGCGAUUUGGUUGGACCAAGAAGGGUAUGUCGCCGAAGGGCCUAACAUGAAUGUUGCGUUUGUUACUAAAGAGAAGGAGCUUUUGAUGCCUCACUUUGACAAAAUUCUUAGCGGAUGCACAGCUAGGAGAGUUUUGGUUCUUGCCGAGGGGCUGGUGAAGGAGGGGAAAAUUCGGGGAAUAAGGGUCAGAAAUGUCACUGUGGAGGAAGGGAAAGGAGCGGAUGAGAUGAUGCUGAUUGGUAGCGGUGUUCUUGUUCGCUCUGUGUUGCAAUGGGAUGAACAGAUCAUUGGUGAUGGUAAAAAAGGGCCGGUGAGUCUGGCUCUCCUAAACCUCAUUGUGGAUGACAUGAAAUCUGGUCCCCAUACCGUUCGAGUCCGUGUUCCUUAUUGAGAAGUGCAUCUGUGACUUCAAUCUCUUCUGGAAAGCUAUUCUUGCAAAACUGCAACAUGUUUUCCUAAACCACGUAGUUCAAUUCAAUGGUUGACAAAGCUCUGAAGGUUGAUAAAUAAGCAGAGUUGGUUGUUGCACUGUUGUUAAGCUCUGUGAAGAAAGUAACUGAAAUAUGUUUAUGGGUACUCACUUUAUUUCCUUUUCCUAAAUAGCGACUGAAUGUUUUUCUUUUA